UAUAAAUUGAAAUUAUUUUUUAAAUUUUGUGAGAGAAAUAAGAGUAAAAAAAAAGUAAAAGUAAUUCUUAUGGUCAAAUACUAUUAUUUUUUUAUAAAAAUUUUUUUGAAAAAAAAUAAAAAAAAAUCUCAUGGCCGAAUCCGACCUAGUUUUCAGCGCCUACUAUGAAUACCCUCCCUCUUCCCUCCAAUUCCGCUCCCCCAAAUCCACUUACCAUCGUUGGCUCGUUGGCCGUGGGCACCAGGGAUUCCAGUCAGUGCCGAGUCAUUGGACUUCCUCCAGACAUUGACAAGCAAUGUAACAACUACAAAAACAUGGAUUGUAUAGUCUAUGCAAAUGUGCAUCAGGGUCGAUUGAGCACAGAGCUAGGGUUAACUGGAUUAUGUCCUGCUCCUAUUUCCUUCCUUCCAUUUGAUGGCAACAUUGUUUGCCUGAGAUUAGGGGUCUAUAUGUCAAGACUUUUAAAUUGGAGGCUCAUGGUAAUCCAAUCGCUACUGAUUACUUGUACGAAUCAACAGGAUGUCUGUCUUGGUGGGCACAAGUACCACCGAGGUUAGCAUUCUUGUACGUGCUUCCUCCAUGGCCAAUUUCUAUCCCGUAUAUUCCUUCCACAGGACCAAAUCAGGAUGUCGUUUAGUAGAACUAGUCAAAAAUAGAGAAAUAUCGAACAAAAGCCAAUGUGGCAAUGUCUGUCUAAAUCUAGACUUUAUGCUUCUUGAAUUGGUGUGGCUGCUUACUCUAGCUUAGCUGUAUUUAGUAUGGACAAUGUUCCUAGCAAUUUGCUUAUUAGCGAUAUGUCUUGUGCAUGAUGUUAAAUCUCAUUUGGUAGCUAGCUAGGUAUUAGAGCCAGCAUUUUCUUACGGGUUUAAUAGUGUCUAAACUGAGAUGUCCGAGUAUAUAAUGAUAUGUGCUUCAUUUAUUUUAAUAAGGAGCUUGUCAAAUACAAAAGGCUUCAGUAAAACACACAAGAGGGGAUGCAAUAGCAUCAUUAAGCACAAUUGGGUAUAUUGUCCUAUGUUGUGUAAAAUUUGCUGCUUCAAUAACUGGUCAUAUUGUCACU